CCAGGAUACAUGAAUGCUGGGAGGGAGGAUAGUGGCAGAAAUAAGAGAGAGGGGGAGAGGAGAGAAAGAGAGCGAGAGAGAGAGAGAGAGAGAGAGGAGGAGGAGGUAAAAAGGCAAGACCUAGUAGGACAGAGAGUGUUGGAGGGGCAGCAUACUGUAUCAUACUGCUGUGUUGUGAUUAUGGAGUGAGCAUGGUAGCAGCAGGACCAAAACAAGAGGAGAAGGGGAUACAGAGAGGACACGGCUCGGAUCAAUGAAAGGUAGAUUAGUUCAGAAUCUGAGCGUUAUAGAAAAAGAGGGGCUCAUUAAAGCAGCACUGCUAUGCAGGACUGAACUGCCUGCAGACUCCUGUGAGUUUGAAUUCUACCACCAAGGGAUUUGAAAUAUGAAGACAAAGUCACUCCAAACCUUGAGGAUCUAUGAGGACAUACAAGCGGAAGACUAACUCCUGACAUUUGGACUCAAGAAAACAAGACGUCUUGCAGCAGGAGCAAGCAAACAACUCAGACGGAUGUAAUGGUGUGGAAACAUCGCCGCUCUCUCGUAUUAUCAGACUUUUGAGUCAGCCGGACGAGGGAUGGGGAGACGAGCGGCUGACCUGACAACUUCGGUUCCAGUUUUAGGCGUUCCUGCCCUGGUUGGAGCACGUGGCUGGAGGACGACGGGAGGAGACCGAAGCGGAGGAGCCCUGCUGCAGACGUGGGGGCCUCAGUGCAGCAUCGGUGUUCAGACGUCCCCGGGGAUAAGCAGACUAUCCACCCAGCACGGCGCGCAGCUAACUGAUACGCUCUCGACACCAUCAGAUAACAUUGCUCAAACAUCCAAGAGCUAUAUUACCAGGGAAACGGAGUACAGGGAGAUACUACUGCUAACAAAGAGUGACAAGGAGAAAAGUGCUAUUUUAAAACAAAAAAGUGGGGAAUCCAAGACAAAAAAGGAAGUGACUUUCAAAGCACUUGGAGGUGAGGCCUCUGAGGAUGUGGCCUGCAGUCAGAGGAACAGUUGUGGGACUUAUUGCUAUGCCAGGGCAAUCAAGACCAACCCACACUUCGCAGUAACCAACGUCAGGCCUAAAUUGAAACCUGCAGCCCGCUACACCAACGGCAGCGUGGUCGAUUCGGAGGCGAUCGGUGGAAUUAGCGUUCACAACGAUGAAACAGAGCCUGUUAAGAGUGCAAACUCUCGCGGAAGAGAUCAAACCAGACUGCAAGGUCAUUAUGCAGAGCGGUGUGGGAAGACGCUGCUGUUAUCUGCCUCCCGACCUUUCGGUGUGACACAAAAAAUAUGCAGCCAUUGCGGCGGCAGACAGUCUGUGACCACCGGGGUCGCGACUUUGGGGGAGAAAAGCUCUACUGCUGAUGCCUGUCUUGGAGAGAAACCGUUAAAGUCGUCCCUCGCCUCGCUCUCGCCUACCACACAUGUUCAGACGCCGAUGCCGAGCCAUCAUGAAGAGAGCAUCCCAAACAGAGACAAAAGGACACACAUUACUGUCAGUCCACAACUGUUAUAUUUCAGUGAAGAGCUACAGUAUGGAAAAACAACUCACCCAGCAUGCCCAGUGCACUCUAGAGGCAAUUUGGUCACUUUAUCACAGACACAUGCUGCCAGUGAUGCAACAUCCCCUCAACCCACCACCAUCCUACAUGCUAAAACCAUCACUGUCACUAAAGCAACUAUUGAAACAAGACAAGAGGACGCCAGCGUAAAAUCUUUCACAAAACCGCUGUCCCAGGGCGGUAAGAUCCCCCGACCGACAAGUCUCGCGUUGACUCCGCAGAUGGCCACAGCUACCAAACCAAACAACCCACAUUCACACACUUAUCCCAAGCAACUCCAAAUAUCACAACACAACUCUACGACACAUAACGUGCCUCAAAGUGUGUGCGUGUCCGUGCACGCUGCACCCGAAAAUAUUCUGUCGCCACCUUCUCGUUCGUACGCUACAGCCACGGGAGGCGGAAACAUGUCCAUUACCAAUGUAACGUCUUCAACCUCACUGACGUCCACCGAAAGUGUACCCGCUAAUGUUGCUAAUCCUCAACGUGAAGCGCAUGCAGCACGAGCAGCAACAAAUACAACUGAUAGCCCACCAAUGACAACUAAAAGUCCCAUCUUAUCACCGGCAGCCAAUGCAUUAGACCCCAUUCAUAAACCGGAAACAACUGCACAACCUACACCUGCAAGUCCACCACAAACCUCACAAGAUCCAGUUCAAGCACCACAAGACAAGCCACCCCCAAACAUCGACAAAGCAUCUUUUAUUGGCACUGCAAUGAACUCAACUGUAUUCCCUACACCACACACAACUGUGCCACAUCUCAGCACUGUUGUCCCACAGAGCACUUUGCAUCAUAACUCAGCAUCUAAACAUAAAUCUGCGGCUGCACAAAUUCGCCUAUUUCAUCCGAGCUGUUCCAAUUCUGAACCUGCACUCCACGUCUCCGCGGCAUCUCUAAACGCAACGCAGAGCGCAGCGAAACCCCUAGACUCGAGAGCUAGGUUGCCUUCGAGUGCGGCUCCCAGUACCACAUCUACACGCAGCAGCACUCCAUACAAAAAUAAAGCCCUCAGGUAUUCCUCAAUCAAUCUGAAAAAUGUGCCACCCACGGCCUCCGCCUCUUCAUCUGCAUUGACAGGAAACCAAAGUAACGUCUGCGCAUCAGGUACGACUUCACUUCAAUCAGCAGAUGCAACACAACACAGACAAGAUCUUAGUCGUAAUGAGGCGCCUCGCGUAAAUCGACCUGAUCGCACGCGAGCAACAGACAGCAGAACUCAGACUGGUAAUGAAUCUGGUGUUGUUUCCAAUCAGGACUCCACAACAACUCCAAUUGUGUUAUCUGAGCCGCUAAAUGUGUCAAAAAAUCAUAACAAAGCCAGUGAUGCAAGCACCCACAAUCCUAAAUCAACCAAUACUGAAUCAUCAUAUACUGAUGAAAACAAAUCUAAUGGUAAUGUACUCAAUGAAUUAGUUGUGCAUGAGCCAAAUGACCAUGAAAAUUCAAAUCUGUCCGAGGUCACCAACCUUCAGAAUUACAUUUCCCUAAUUAAGUCGAGCAGCUCUUGUCUGCAGGGCCGCGUAAACACAGAACAACAACGGCUCGCACAUUGUCAAGGAUACACAGACGCAGAGCAUGAGGGACACUGUGCUACAUGCCCACCAGUAAAAACAGCCCAGGAGACAGAUUCAAAUACAGAACAGUUCGCCUCGGGAGUAUCAGUCAGCCGUGCAAAUAUUAAACUUAAAUCCAAUGCAGAUAAACAGACACUUCCCAAUUACUCAACACCCUCUGCCAAAGCACAAACAAACUGUGAGCCCACUAUGUCAUCACUUGAAAACACUAGUGCACACCCCAUCGCCGAAUCUUUAGUCCACCAAAACCCUGAUGCUUCAUCGCCACCGCCAGCACACACAAGCCCAGAGCUUUCAUUUACUGCACCAGCCCCAUUUCACAGCGAGGGAGAGCUUUGCACGCACACUGGCCCUGAAUGUAACUCCAUAUUGCCGUCAUCAACAAUGCACUCGGCGUCCCUUCCCCGCCUCCUCUCCUGCGAGGCAGAAGCAAUCGUCAGACCGGAUUCAAAGUUUAGCCCCGCCUCCCCUCGGCCAUGCCCAGAGGACGCCAGCCUGGAUCACUCCCACCCAGCUGCUGCGGCCCUGUUGCUGCCUCCUUCCCCGCGGUGCUGCAAAUCAGCUGCCCUACAGCAGAGGCUGGAGACCGUGGAGGCCAGCCUGGCGGCCAAUAAGGACAGGAUCACCACUCUGCUUAACAUUAUCCAUGACCUGGAGACGUGCCAGACUCCCACCAGCGGACGGCGAUGCUAUAAAACUGGACAGGACCUCAAAAACUGCUCAACCUGCCAGAAGACUGCUUGUAUUGUCUACAGUGUGGAGUACGACUUCAGGCAGCAGGAAAGACGCUUCUUGGAGGUUCUGAAUCAUUCAACAAGAGGGAAUAAUACUUUCUCCAUGCACCUAUCCCAGCCCCUGAACUUCAACCUGCUCAGAAACGCCAUCAUUAAGAACUUAACAAAGUCAAAGGUGAGAAGCAAAAAGCUGUGCAAGACCCUGUUCAAAUGGCUGCCUAGGAAAAUCCAGCAAGUGUAGACCUCUACCUGUGUGCUGUUUAAAAAAUAGCCAUGAGCCUGUGUUACAAGUGACCAGCAGAAGCCUUUGCAGAGGACUCUUGCUGUUCCUUUCCUACCCAUAGAAUGAGAUGACUCUGAAUUACCCAGUAGAGUCCCACUCUCCUGCACAUUGUCAAAGCUUAUGAACAUGAUUUUGUACUCAAAUUUUCCCCUGAUCUUUGUGACCUUCAGCUAGAUCACCCAUAAGGAAUUCUUUAUUUCCCUUUUGAAAUUUAAUGUUAUUUUGUUGUCAAUAUGCCUACUUAAAGGGAUAGUUUGGGUGUUUUGAAGUGGGGUUGUAUGAGGUACUUAUCCAUAGUCAUUAUAUUACCUACAGUAGAAGACAACUUGGAGAAGCGGACAGGAUUACCAUCACAGAACCAAAGCAAUGUACUGCUGUGGACGGGGCCGGCAGCAAAACGUAUUUUGGCCACCUAAAAGAAAGUCUCACUUAAAAAAAUCUGUUUAAGUGUACGCUAUAUUUACAA